CUCUGGACCACUCAUAUAUGAAGUAUGAAUCCCUCAACCCUUAAUCUUCCAAUUCCCUUCCAAUUUCAUUAACUCCCUCAUUCAAUUCAAAUUCCCUCGAGGUUCCCCAUCCUCCCCAUCCCACUUUCCAAAAGACCCCGAGGUUCUCCCCAAAUAUAUCGGCAGGCACGACUCACAACACACCUCAACUCACCACAUAAACCCACCAUUAACUCCCAGGAACAUACUUACACUCCCCAAUCUAUCCACCCAUUUCCAACCCUCUCCAAAGACUUCAAACUCUUCCUACUCAGCACACAAAAUGUCACCCAAAGAACCCUACAAACUCUGCACCGUAAACAAGGUCCCCACCCGCGCCAAGGUCCUCAUUGGGAGGCUAGUCGAGUCCCAAAAGGAGUCUUAUACAAUCGACUACGUUUCCAACGCCGAGAGUGAGUCUGCCCUGCCACCUCAUCCUUAUACAUGAAGCAGAUCAUGUCAGGCAGCGGAACUGAUAAAGAAGAUAGGAAUCGAAGAUGUGAAAACGAUGGUGGAGGAGUAUAAACCUGAUGUUUUGGUAUGUAUACACACACACAUCACACACAUCACAUCCUCGCUCGGAGUUUUCAUGGAUAAAGAGAUGGGAGUUGGGGAUGAGUAGGAAAGGGAGCUGAUAGAAGUGUAGUUCGUAGCAUCCAUGUGGACAGGCGAGGAAGCGGAGGAGAUCUUCUCCAUUGCACGGGAAGUCAAGCCUGAGAUCAAGACGUUGGCUAUUCCGUUCGGGUUGCAGAUUGAGAAGGGUCCCGAAGCGGUAGUGGAGUUUUUGAAUUGUGGAUGGCCGAAACUUAUUGAAGGUUGAUGGACAUCAGAGAGGUCAAGGGAAGCUUGAAGCUGGGCUCUUGGAACGGAUAGAGGGUGAAGGACAUGCGAAAAGUAAGAUCAUACAAAUGGUAUUAGG